AUGCCGCGUACUUGCACCCUCAACCGCGACACCAACGAGACCAAGAUCCAGGUCUCGUUGAACCUCGACGGCGGUGAUCUUGAGGCCUACGAGCACUCCGAUUUCUGGGCCGCCCUUGACAAGAAGAACCUCAAUGGCGAGGGUGAGAAAAUCGACAAGGACCACGCCACUCAGAAGUCCAACAGCCAGGAGAUCUCUGUCGACACGGGCAUCGGCUUCCUCGACCACAUGAUCCACGCACUAGCCAAGCAUGCAGGCUGGAGUCUACGCAUACGGUGCAAGGGAGACUUGCACAUUGACGACCACCACACGAGCGAAGACGCGUUUCUGGCGAUAGGCGCUGCGUUCAAGAACGCACUCCAGGGAUCCACGGGGUUGGCGCGGUUUGGACACGCGUAUGCACCGCUUGAUGAGGCCUUAUCGAGGGCUGUGAUCGAUCUGUCCAACCGGCCAUUUAGUAUCAUUGAUUUGGGGCUUAAGAGGGAGAAGAUUGGGGAUUUGAGCUGCGAGAUGAUCCCGCAUUGCUUGCAGAGCUUUGCCCAGGCGUCAGGAACUACACUCCACGUUGAUUGCAUAAGGGGUGAGAACGAUCAUCAUCGUGCGGAGAGUGCCUUCAAGGCGCUCGCGGUUGCUAUCCGACACGCGACAACAGUGGUGAAGCAGUGGGAGGGUGAGGUCCGAAGUACGAAAGGUGUCUUGUACUGA